AUGGCAAAUGAAUUCACAGAAAACAGAGAAGGAACUGCCAAUUCACGCCAUGCAACCCUCACUUCGUCCCUAGAUCUGAGCACGUCCCUGGAUCACAGCGUCCAGACGCGGAUUUUUAAAAUCAUUGCCAUCGGGGAUUCAAAUGUGGGCAAGACCUGUUUAUCCUUCCGCUUCACCAGCGGAUCCUUCCCCUGUAAGACAGAAGCCACCAUCGGAGUCGACUUCAGGGAGAAAGCCGUGGAGAUCGAGGGCGAGAAAAUAAAGGUGCAAGUAUGGGACACGGCAGGACAGGAGCGCUUUCGGAAGAGUAUGGUUGAGCACUACUAUCGCAACGUGCAUGCUAUAGUAUUUGUGUACGAUGUCACAAAAAUGGCCUCUUUCCAGAACUUAAAGACCUGGAUCCAGGAGUGUAACGGGCACGGGGUCUCAUCCUCUGUACCUCGUGUGCUGGUGGGCAAUAAAUGUGAUUUAGUCGACCUGAUCCAAGUCCCUUCCAACACUGCCCUUAAGUUUGCAGAUGCCCAUAACAUGCUGCUGUUUGAAACGUCAGCCAAAGAUCCCAAGGAGAGUCAGAAUGUGGACUCAAUUUUCAUGUGCCUGGCGUGUCGUCUGAAAGCACAGAAGUCGUUGAUCCACAGAGACGUAGAGAGGGAAGAUGGCAGAGUGAGGCUGAGCCAUCAACCUGACCCUAGGAGCAACUGCCCAUGCUGA